GCCCUCCAGCCGCGGUGGCUGCAGCGCAACUUCCAGAUAGCGGAGUGGCCUCAGCUGCGAGCCGAGCGGUGGCGGCAGCGCCCCUCAGGACACCCGCAGAUCACCUCUUCCCCGCGACUUCACCAUGGCUGAGUGUUGUGUACCGGUAUGCCCACGGCCAAUGUGUAUCCCUCCACCAUAUGCUGACCUUGGCAAAGCUGCCAGAGAUAUUUUCAACAAAGGAUUUGGCUUUGGUCUGGUGAAGCUGGAUGUGAAAACGAAGUCAUGCAGUGGUGUGGAAUUUUCAACAUCUGGCUCAUCUAAUACAGACACUGGUAAAGUCAGUGGGACCUUGGAGACCAAAUACAAAUGGUGUGAGUAUGGUCUGACUUUCACAGAGAAAUGGAACACCGAUAACACUCUGGGGACAGAGAUUGCGAUUGAAGACCAGAUUUGUCAAGGCUUAAAACUGACCUUUGACACCACCUUUUCACCGAACACAGGAAAGAAAAGUGGUAAAAUCAAGUCUGCUUACAAGAGGGAAUGUAUAAACCUUGGCUGUGAUGUUGAUUUUGAUUUUGCUGGACCUGCCAUCCAUGGGUCAGCUGUCUUUGGUUACGAGGGCUGGCUUGCUGGGUACCAAAUGACCUUUGACAGUGCCAAGUCAAAGCUGACAAGGAGUAACUUUGCAGUUGGCUACAGGACUGGGGACUUUCAGCUACACACAAAUGUAAAUAAUGGGACAGAAUUUGGAGGAUCAAUUUAUCAGAAAGUAUGUGAAGAUUUUGACACUUCAGUAAACCUUGCUUGGACAUCAGGUACCAACUGCACUCGUUUUGGCAUUGCAGCUAAAUACCAGUUGGACCCCACUGCUUCUAUUUCUGCAAAGGUCAACAACUCUAGUUUAAUUGGAGUGGGCUAUACUCAGACUCUGAGGCCUGGUGUGAAGCUUACACUCUCUGCUCUGGUAGACGGGAAGAGCUUUAAUGCUGGAGGCCACAAACUCGGGCUUGCCUUGGAGCUGGAGGCUUAAUCCAGUUACAAGAAGCCUCUGGGAACGGACAUCACAAGAUUUGGCCUUAAUAUAUUUCCAUUUGACCAGCAGGCUCCCCCUUCCCCCCCAGAAGGUGAUCACAUCAAAGGAUGAUUAAGCAAGAGCUGUAUUUUAAAUAUUUAGACAGUCACCUGUUGGCUGGUUCCUAGUUGGAUGGUUAUCUAGUUAUCAGUGCUGCCGUCGUGCGGCCUCCUAUACAUUAUUUAAAUGUAUUUAACUGUUAAAUGUGCUACCCACCAAUGAUGAAAUAGACGUUUAUGAAAACCGUG